AUGGCCUCCCUUGCUGCUAGAAUGGCCUCGGCCUCCUUGAAUCGCUCGGUCCGUGUCGCUGCUGCCCGCAACGUCCUCGCCCCCGCUGGACUUGCUGCUCAGGUCCGUCUCAACCACAACUCUGCGCGCGAAACCACCAACAUCCCCGACUUCAGCAAGUACAAGAGCGGAUCCGGCGAUGCCACUAACCGCGCCUUCUCCUACUUCAUGGUCGGAACCACCGGUGCUGUCUCCUUCCUCGGAGCCAAGACCACCGUUGCCGAUUUCUUGGCCAACAUGUCGGCCUCUGCUGAUGUUUUGGCUUUGGCCAAGGUCGAGGUUGACCUCAGCACUAUCCCCGAGGGUCGUAACGUCACCAUCAAGUGGCGUGGAAAGCCCGUCUUCAUCCGUCACCGUACCGCCGAUGAGAUCGAUGAGGCCAACGCUGUUAACAUUACUGAGCUCCGUGACCCCCAGAACGAUGCCGAGCGUGCCCAGAAGCCCGAGUGGUUGGUCAUGUUGGGUGUCUGCACUCACUUGGGAUGUGUCCCAAUUGGAGAGGCUGGUGACUAUGGUGGAUGGUACUGCCCUUGCCACGGUUCCCACUACGAUAUUUCUGGACGUAUCCGUAAGGGACCUGCACCAUUGAACCUCGAGAUCCCUGCCUACUCGUUCGAGGAGGGCAACAAGAUCAUCAUCGGUUAA